GUCACACAGAGAAGUCCAGACUCAACCCAAAUCAUUUAGUUGUGAUGAUUGUGGUAAAAGAUUUACUGUAAAAUCAAGAUUUAAAAAACACAUGAGAGUCCACACAGGACUGAAACCGUUUGUAUGUGAGGACUGUGGAUAUAGAUUUAGCCAGAAGGCUCAUCUAAACAGACACAUGAGAGUCCACACAGGAGAGAAACCAUUUCUAUGUGAGGACUGUGGACAAAGAUUUAGUGCGAACAGUAGUUUAAACUUACACAUGAAAGUCCACACAGGAGAGAAACCAUUUGAAUGUCAGGACUGUGGACAUAGAUUUAGAGACAAGAGUAGUUUAAACAGACACUUAAAAGUCCACACAGGACAGAAACCGUUUGUAUGUGAGUACUGUGGACAAAGAUUUAGCGAGAACAAUGGUUUAAACACACACAUGAGAGCCCACACAGGACAGAAACCUUUUGUAUGUGAGGACUGUGGACAUAGAUUUAGCUGGAAGAGUCGUUUAAACUCACACAUGAGAGUCCACACRGGAGAGAAACCAUUUGUAUGUGAGGACUGUGGACAAAGAUUUACCCAGAAGGGCACUUUAAACUCACACAUGAGAGUCCACACAGGAGAGAAACCAUUUGUAUGUGAGGACUGUGGACAAAGAUUUAGCCAGAAGAAUAGUUUAAAUUCACACGUGAGAGUUCACACAGGAGAGAAACCAUUUGAAUGUGAGGACUGUGGAUAUAGACUUAGCGAGAACAGUAGUUUAAACUCUCACAUGAGAGUCCACACAGGA